CCAAACCGGAUAGGAUACCGACACAGAACCAAGCAAGAAGAGGGAGCCGCCGCUACUUCUCUCCUCCGAUCAAAUCAGAGCGACCCCGUAGCCGUCCGGCGGCGUGCCCUCCUCGCGAUUCGCCGCCGUCCGCCCCCCCCCCCACCCCCACCGCGAGCGCCUGCUCCGAAGUCGCGCUAGCCCCUAGGGUUCCUUCGCUGCCGCCGCGCCGCUGUCACAGGAGGAGGAGGAGGAGGGGAAUACAUCGCCAUGGCGGGUAGGCUUCUCGCGAAUCUGAUCGUCGUUGGCGGAACCGUUUUGGGCAGGGCCGUGCUCCAGGCCUACCGACAAGCUAUCGUCAAUGCGAACAAAAAUGGAGCUGCCCAAGAAGCUAUAAAUGGUAUUAGACGUGCUAGCAAGGCCAUGACUGAGCAAGAAGCCCGGCAGAUACUUGGUAUCAGUGAAAAAUCGACUUGGGAGGAGAUUAUUCAGAAGUAUGACACGAUGUUUGAGAGGAAUGCGAAGAACGGAAGCUUCUAUCUCCAAUCAAAGGUUCAUCGUGCAAAAGAAUGCCUGGAACCUUUGUAUCAAAAGGCUGAUAUACCAAACUGAGACUGUGUAGACGCCUAGCAUCCGUAUGAAGCACUAUGCUUAACUGAUGAAUUAGAGAUGAUGAUUCUGUUUCGAGUUAUGUUGGUUGCGUCAGGUUGAUUGGUUGUAUCGGGACGCAGCUUUGCUGGACUCAGAAUAAUGUUUAACAAAGAUACGAUAUUCUUUUUUCUUUUUUUGAAAUAAAGGAUUAUAUCUUUUAGAUA